UUUCACGGUGAGAGGCGCUUUGUGAGUGAGAUCUGCUGCUUCCCACCAACUAAACAAGUCACAGGGUGUUGCAAGGAGGACUUUGACCUCUUUACCUUACACUGUGUGUGUGUGUGUGUGUGUUGUGUUGUGUGCGUUAGUCAAAGUGAACUUUGCACAAGAGCAUUGCCUCCAGUGGUCGAGGUCCAAAUCUGAGGGAUCAUGGGUGGGAAGCUAAGUGUAGAUGAGAAUGUUCACGUUGUGGUUGUUGGCGGUGGUUUUGGAGGAAUUGCAGCAGCAAAGCAGCUGAAGUGUCACGGUGUUCCUUAUACCCUGAUCGAUAUAAGGGAUGCUUUCCAUCAUAAUCCAGGAGCUCUCAGGGCAUCAGUGGAGAGUGGGUUUGCGAAGAAAACAUUCAUAUCAUUCAGAGAGACAUUCAAGGAGAACUUCAAGCAAGGCAAAGUUGUUGAUAUAGAUUUAGAAAAACAGAAUGUUGUUCUAGACAGUGGUGAGGUUGUACACUUCUCCCACCUUAUUUUGGCAACUGGUAGUACAGGGCCAUUCCCUGGAAAAUUCAAUGAACCAGUUUCUAUGGAGAGUGCCAUUCAAAUGUACGAAGACCUUGUGAAAAAGAUCCAGGAAGCUUCAAGAAUUGUUCUGGUUGGAGGUGGCUCUGCGGGUGUGGAAAUGGCAGGAGAGAUCAAAACCGAUUACCCAGAUAAAGAGGUAAUCCUGAUUCACUCAAAGAUUGCUCUUGCUGAUAUUGAACUCUUACCCAGUGUAAGGCAAGGAGUGAAGGAGAUCUUGGUGAAGAAAGGGGUCCAAUUAGAAUUAGGACAGAAAGUCACAAACCUGAAAGAGCUAGUGACAAAUGAAACAAAGAAUGAUCAGAAGGUGCUGACUGACAAGGGUCUGGAGUUCAAUGCCGAUAUGGUCAUCUGCUGCACUGGAAUCAAGAUCAACUCCUCUGCAUAUGAAAAUUCUUUCAAAGAUGCAAUCGUUAAAAAUGGUGCAUUAAUGGUGAAUAAGCACCUGCAGGUGGAAGGAAUGGAAAAUAUUUAUGCAAUAGGAGAUUGUGCGGAUGUGAAGGAGCCUAAAAUGGCUUAUCACGCUGGACUCCACGGGGCGGUAGCUGUGGAUAAUAUCAUCAACACUCUCAAAGAAAAGCCACUGAAGGUGUACAACCCAGGUGCCCUGACUAUGCUGUUAUCAUUAGGUCGGGAUGAUGGGAUCGGCCAGCUCUAUGGCUUCCACGCUGGCAAGUUCAUUGUAACUUUGGCUAAAAGUAAAGAUCUGAUGGUUUGGAAAAGCUGGAAAGAAAUGGACCAGGCAAUCCCCAAGUAAUGACUUGUGUGUCCAUUGUCCUUUCUUUUCUAGUUUUGCAGGAUGCUUUUAUUGUGGCUGAUAUUUAAACCUUUUGAGUAUGAUAUACUGUUGUAACCUUUAGUUUGCCUAUCUUAGGGCAUGUGCAAAAAGAUUUCCUGUGCAUUUGUAAAUUUUUUUCAAAAUUAGAAUGAGCAAACUUGUGCCUAUGAACUAUUAAACAUCCUUUUGCAGUUGUAAC